CUAUCACCAUGGGAGAUAUUCAAGAGGGUGCUAAUGUUUUUAGGCCUCCACUAUUAUGCGGCCAUGAUUAUACUUUUUGGAAGUGUCGAAUGAGAGCCUUUCUCAAGUCUCUUGGUGGAGAGGUUUGGAGAAGCAUAGAGGUUGGAUGGUCAGCUCCUACUAUGACCAAUGAAGAUGGAAAACUAAUUCAGAAACCUUAUGAAAGAUUUAACAAGAAAGAAAAGGAUACAAUAGAAUCGAAUGAUCAAGCCUUGAAUGCAAUCUUCGGAGCUGUUGACAGAAAUCAAUUUCGUCUUAUCUCAAACUGCACAGAGGCGAAGAGAGCUUGGGACAUUUUGCUUAUUACUCAUGAAGGCACUACAACAGUCAAGACAGCCAAACUUCAAAUCGUGAUGUCUAAAAUUGAAAAUCUUAAGAUGGAGGAUGCUGAGUCUAUCACAAAUUUUCAUGGGCGGGUUAGAGAGUUGGCAAAUGAAGCUGAAAGGCUUGGUGAACCAAUUACAGAAAAUAAACUGGUGUUGAAAGUGCUACGUUCUCUUCCAGAAAAGUACUCUAUGGAUGUUAAAGCUAUUAGACAAACACAAUCUCUCAAUGUUAUGUCUCUUGACGAGCUGAUGGGGAACUUAGAAACCAUUGAGUUGGAGAUGCAUGAAGAUCUACGACGUAAAAAGCAGCAUGUCAUCCUCGUUGAAAAAGAGAAGCAGUGUGUUAAAGACAGUGCUGGAACAUGCUGUGCUUUUCCAACUUUCCAUAGUGUUGACGGUGACUCUGAUAGUGACGUGGAUCCAAAGGAGAUGCUUAUAAUUGUUGAAGAAAAAUUUCAAGAGUCUCUACGGGUCAACAAGAAAAAAUGUUUGGAAAAUGAUAGCCUCAAUCGUGAACUUGCUGAAUCAAAACGCGAUGUGGAACAACUCAUCAAAGAGUUACAGAGAUACAAAGGUAAAGUUACAGCAGAGGAUGACACAGAGGAUGAUACAGAAGAUGACACAGAGGAUGACACAGUAGAAGAGCUAGCUAUUCUCCAAAGGAAGUGGGUAGAACUUGUUCAAGCCAACCAGAAAACUGUCUUGGAGAACCAUCAUCUUGUUGCCAAUGCUGGAGCAAAAGCUAUUGAGGAACAAGUGAACGUUUCAAAAUUUUAUGGAGACAAGACGGGUCUUGGAUUUUCAGGUUCCGAAAGCAAUAAGACCCCACUUGACUUGUUUGUUGAUCGAAGAAAGGAAAUUGCUCAAAAAGUCCCACAAGGAAGGAAAACAGAAGCUGUUGCAUCUGCUGGAACAUCUUCUUCCGAAGCAUCUCAUGAAGCUUCUGCUGGAACAAUUUAUGCAGCACCCUAUGCAAAAAGGCAAAGAGUUGUGACACAAUCUAGUAUGAGAAGACACAAGGAUCAUUAUGCUAAACCUGAAAGAGAAGGUGUUAUAGCACUCUGGCUGCCCAUCCGCGGUGACGACAUCGCAACCUAUGGUGGCGACGAUUGGAAACCCUCACUUAUAAUGUCACAUGAUUACUCUUAACAAUUUCACCAACAUUGAGUAAAUUUUACCUUUUAUUACCGUUUUAUGGAACAAAGUUCUUCAAUGUUUAGAGUAUUCUUUCUUAAUUUUAUAUUUUGUCACUUUAAUUAUAAUAAUACUUUCAGUGAAUAAAUAAGAUACUAUCUU